AUGUUAAACAGAUUGGAAAAUCUAUCAAAUGAAAUUCUUCUUAUUAUAUUAUCAAAAUUAACAUCGUUUGAAAUAAUUGAAUCAUUUUGGUCAUUAAAUAAAAGAUUUAAUUCGCUCAUUUAUUCAACAUUUUCAAUAAAUUAUAAUGAAAUUCAAAUAAAUGAAAUAGGUUUAUCUAUAAAUAAAUUUCAGUCAAUAAUGUCGACAAUUAUUUCUGAUUCAUUUCUUUCUACUUCUAUAAAACGAAUUCAUAUUGAUGGAUCAAAAUCAAUUUUUUUAAAUUUAAUAUCUCAAUGGAUUUUUCAAGAUAAUAAAUUUAUUCAUUUUGUUAAUUUAAAAUCAUUUACUCUUCGUCGAUGUCAUCUAUCAGAUAUAUUAAUUAAUACUUUAUCUUUACUUAUUCAAUAUCAAUUGCAUGAAUUCAACUUCACAUUUGAUAUUGAUACUUUUGAAGUGCUUCAUCAUUUAGAAGACUCUUGCACGAAUGAUCGCAAUUACGGUAAAUAUUAA